AUGGGGAAUAACAUUUCAAGUACAACUGCUUCGAUAGCGACGGCGGGAAUUGAUAGUUACGUUAGUGAACUAGUAGAUAUUCAAUAUGAAAGAAGCUUAAGUAGUGCACGUUUUAUGAAAACUAUUCGUGGUCGUCAUAAAGAGGGUGCCGUUGUUGUAAAAAUAUUUAUUAAACCAGAACCUGGGUUGUCCUUAUCAAAUAUUGCAAAAGCACUUCAAGAGGAGAAAGAUGCCUUAUCAGAAGUUCCAAAUGCUUUUGCAUAUCAACGAAUAUUAGAAACAGAAAAGGCUGGAUAUCUAAUAAGACAAUUUUUCUUUAAAAAAAAAUGGAUAACAUAUCAAAUAUUAUGUGGAGUACAUGAUGCUCACACUAGAGGGAUUUAUCAUGGAGAUAUUAAGACGGAGAAUGUUCUUGUGACUUCAUGGAAUUGGGAUAAUCCUGCAGAUUUUUCGUUUUUUUUCGAUACUUCAUCAAGAAGAACAUGUUAUCUUGCUCCGGAAAGAUUUUAUAAACCUGGGAGUGAAAUUGAUAGGAGAAAGAAUGAUUUGGAAUUUGGAGAGAAAGAUGGAGCAAUAACACCUGCAAUGGACAUUUUUUCUUUAGGUUGUGUAAUUGCAGAACUUUUUUUAGAGGGAGCACCGAUAUUUUCCCUUUCACAGCUGUUUAAAUACAGAUCUGGCGAGUAUGAUCCUGAAUUAUAUUUAAAAAAGAUCGAGGACGAAGAUAUAAAGGCCAUGGUAAAACAUAUGAUUAAUAUAGAUCCAUCUCAAAGAUAUACAGCAGAACAAUAUCUUCAAGAAUGGCGUGGGACAGCAUUUCCACAAUAUUUUUAUACUUUCCUUCAUCAAUAUAUUGGGUCAGUUACCGAUCCGCAUAAUCAAUCUCAUCAAAGGCGAAUUAUUUCCGCCACGAACAAUACAGCCUUCUCUAAUAAAAGAUAUGAUUUAAAUGAACCUAAUAAUACAAUUGUAAAUACUGAUGCGGAUGAAAAGAUUGAGAGAAUCUAUCAUGAAUUUGAUAAAAUAGCAUUUUUCCUUGGAUUUUUUGGCGAUAAUUCCUCAUCAGAAUCCGAAGUUGUAGUUGUUCGAGGUCGUGGUGAUAAAUUUGGAGAAAGUUCUCGCCCAAUUGAAAUUCAACUUCAUAUACCAAAUUAUGAUCCAACGACAGCUAGCAAAAAAAGAGAGAAACAUGCUGAUGAUGGGGCACUAAUUUUCCUCUCUUUAAUAUGUGCUACUAUUCGAAACACUGCAUAUCCAUCCUCUAAACUUCAUGCGCUGGAUAUGUUGCUCGCUAUUGGUCAGCAUUUGGAAGACGAAUUCAAAUUGGACAGAUUAGUUCCUUAUUUGAUUGCUCUGUUAGGAGAUGAUGUCGGUCUUGUCCGUGCGAAUGCCGUUAAAACCCUGACUCAUUUGCUAUCGAUGGUAGAGACGAUCACACCUUCAAAUGCAACAAUUUUCCCAGAAUAUAUAAUGCCAAAUUUACUAAAAUUUGCUACUGAUUCAGAAGUGCUCGUCAGAAUGACAUAUGCUCAGUGCAUAACUUCUUUGGCCGACACUGCUUUACGAUUUCUAGAUUUAACACAAUUAUUUAAGACAGAAUCUUUAAACUCUACUGAUAAUGAUACGGACAUUGAUAGUUCAUAUGAAGCGACAUAUGAUGCAACCUUACAUGAACUCCAUUCUAUAAUACAAGAUCAAGUUUCCACACUGUUAACAGAUUCAGAAAGUGCGGUAAAACGUGCUUUAUUAUCCAAUAUUACUAGCCUAUGUGUUUUCUUUGGUAGACAAAAAGCCAACGACGAAUUAUUAAGUCAUAUGAUUACUUACCUAAAUGACCGAGAUUGGAUGUUACGAAGUGCAUUCUUUGAGAGUAUCAUUGGUGUUGGAACUUUCGUGGGAGGUCGUAGUUUAGAAGAAUAUAUUUUACCUUUAAUGAUUCAAUCUCUCUCAGAUUCUGAAGAAUUUGUGGUAGAGAAGGUACUAAACUCUCUAACAAGCCUUGCGGAGCUUGGUUUAUUUCAAAAAAUGAAAUUAUGGGAGUUGUCUGCGAUUGUUUCUUCUUUAAUGUGUCAUCCUGGUAUAUGGAUUCGAUAUGGUGCUAUCGCAUUUAUAGCUUCAGCAGCUAAAUUAUUACCCGCGACUGAUGUGUGGUGCAUAGUUUAUCCGAUAAUAAGACCAUUCUUGCAAGCUGACAUCUCUGAAAUAACCGAACUUCAAUUAUUAGAGAAUGUUAAAGAACCGAUUCCAAGAUCUAUUUUUGAUGCAGCAGUUUCUUGGGCUAGUAAAGCUACUAAGUCGUCAUUUUGGAAAUCGGCUAAAGAAAGGAAAGCAAACAGAGUGGCUACAGCUACGUUAUCAGGUAGUUCAAGUGUCACUAAUUUAUUAUCAAGAAGAACAUCUACUCUGGCAGUAAAUACCGGAAAAGUUAGUAAAUCAGAAGACGCUAGACCAAACGAAAAUAGCAAUUUAGAGGAUGAAAAUAUUGUAUUGAAAAAUCUCGGAAUAACUCCACACAAUGUAUUUGUUAUGCCAACAACUGCUGAUGGACAUACAUUUACUAAUUCUCAUAUUCCAAAUCUUAAUAAAGCAAAUGUUGUAGGCACCCCUAGCGCACAGAAUAGUAAAGGUUCCUUGCUUGAACCUUCAGGUACUCAAGUUCCUCGUAUUUCGAGCGAAAGUAAUCUUCAAUUACUUUUACGACCAGAAGAUCAAUGUCGAUUGAUUUCUACAAGUUUAGGUCAAAUGAGGAAUAAUAAUAACCUUGGGCAAAAGUUUGCGAUUAAAAACCAACCUACAACAUCAAUUGCUUCUGAACCUCCUUCUCCCACAUUACAUCAUCAUAAACAUAUUCCUCCACCUUUAACGGUAAAUAUAACGAAUGCUAAUCAAUCAAAUUCUGUAACAAGUGUUGCAACACCAUUGCGGGAUUGGCAUUUGUCUUUUGUUGGAAAGCCUAUUGAAAGUCCUAAAGCUGCAGCUGCUACUAGUACAAAUACUACUACUGCAAUUGCAACUUUGGAAAUACCUUUUCCUUACACUAACAGGCAAGGACCGAAUGGUACUUUCUUAAAUUCGGUUAUAUCAGAUAGCCUUCCAAGGAGAAAUCUUGAAGCAUUUAUUUCCACCACUUAUGAGGGUAACGAUAGAAAUGUAAAGAAUCUAUUAGAUAAUUUAUAUUUUGAGGCAAAUCCUGAACCAAUGCCAGAAUUUGGUCCAAAGGUGACAAAAAUGUUAAUUCCGCGUACUCGAGGAUCAAGAACAGCAAAUGUCAAAUCGAUCUCAAAUUGGAGACCUGAUGGUACCCUGGUAGCACAUAUGACUGAACACAAAGGUGCAAUCAACCAAAUUUGCGUAUCACCCGAUCAUAAUUUCUUUGCAUCAUGUUCAGAUGAUGGUACAAUCAAGAUUUGGGAUUGUUCUAGAUUUGUGAAGAAUUUCAAUAAUCGAUCGAGAGUUACUUAUAACCAAGGAGGGAAAAUUAAAUGCAUGACAUUCAUCGAUAGUACACACAGUAUUGCUUCGGCAUCCGAUAACGGUAGUAUUCAUGUGUUCAGAAUUGAUUAUACUCCGGGCACGAAUUCACCUAAAUAUGGAAAGCCCGUUAUGGUUAGAGAGACUUGUUUGGACGGAGAAUAUGCAGUAGCGAUGGAACAUUAUGAAAUUGGCGUCGAGUCUAUACUCUUAUAUGCCACAUCCAAAGGAAAUAUAUGCGGAUUAGAUUUGCGUACAAUGCAAGUCGUAUGGACCUUUAAAAAUCCUAGAAGUCAUGGGGUAAUUACAGCAAUUGUUACAGACAAGAAAUACAGAUGGCUUCUUAUUGGAACGUCUCGGGGUAUCUUUACAUUGUGGGAUCUUCGGUUCAGAAUUCAAUUGAAAUCAUGGGUUCAUCCCACCAAAAGUCGAAUCAGUAAACUUUUACUACAUCCACAAGCUGGAUCUAAACAAAGAUGGUGGGUUAUUGUUGCAGCAGGAAAGAAUGAAGUAUCUGUUUGGGACGUAGAAAAGGUUGAAUGUAAAGAAGUUUUUGGUGUUCGAACCGGGAAUGAAAAAACGGGUGGAGUUUCGUUGGACAUGUUUAAAGCUUCAGAUCCUCCUGGACCGAGUGAUAUAUUAAGGAGUGCUUUCACGGCCCAUGAAGGCAGUUUUUCAGCAGACAAUUCUAUACGGGCAAUGAUUUAUCCACCCGAUUGUAAUUAUAUGAUUACGGCCGGAUCCGAUCGUAAAAUUCGAUUUUGGGAUAAUAAUCGUAUAGAAGAGUCAUACAUUGUUGUUGGGUCUGAUAUAGAUGAACCUACCUCGUAUAGUACAAAGCAAUUUGAUGGAAUAAACGUCCACUAUGAAAUUCAUCGAGUCAUGAACACUGCAACAUCAAACUCGUCAUUUACAAAUUCCAAUAAUAGUAGUUCGGGAGGAAGUUAUAGUGGUAGCAGCGGUAGCAGUAAUAGUAAACGAUCAAAUAAAAAUAAUACCCAUAGUGCAAGAAAUCAACUAAUUACAGUUCAACAACAACAAUUACUUAAAAAUCAUUUAGAUUGUAUAACAGAUUUAAAGGUUACAGAAUUACCACAUCCAAUGUUAAUAAGUGGUGAUAGGGAUGGAAUAAUCAAGGUAUUUUUGUAA